AUGGAUUUCACCUAUGGCAAUGCUGAUUUGUGCUCCAACGUCUGGUCGUCCCCUCAGUCACAGGAUACACUGACACCCUUAAAGACAGAACCUUUUCACGCCUUCCCCAUGUUAUCCAAGCAGCGCUAUUGGAUGCCGAUGUCGAUGCCCCUCUCAACCCCUAUUAUGAUGGCCAGCGCUACCCCUACCGCCGCUAGCGUCGGGGCGCCGGUGUUCGCACCCGGGUUGUGUGUGGAUCCCACCCCGAUGAUCUCCAUCCCGGUGGGGCUCUUCCAGCAAAUGCCGCCAUCGCAAAGCCGUCUACCGGCCUACACCCACGCCCCCUUGCAAAUUUCAUCGAUUUCGCGAAUUAUCUGCCCGGGUGAGGCCCCGGCGGAGUCCUGCGCCUCCCAGCCCCCGGUCGAGGUCAGCCCCAGCAAUGGGGACCUCCUCACGGCAUGCCCGCGCUCCGUGCGAAAGAAUGGUCUUCUCUACGCUAUAAACACGCAGUAUGAAGGACGGGUCAAGCGGUAUAGCCAUCUGCGCGGGUUUGGGUUUCUGACGGCCACACACCGGCUAAUCCCGUUAAACGCAAAGGACGCGGGGGAGCAAUGGCCGCAGGAGGACACCCCGCCCGCGGACUCGCUCGAGGAAGUGGUGGAGAUUCACCGGGUGUGCUAUUUUCGAAGACCGGUCCGCAUUGGGGAUAUCUUCGUCCAUCACCAAAAGAUACGAAUCCCGCUGAGCAUGGACAGCUCCAAAGGAUUCACACAAGAGUUCACCGUUGGGGCCUCUGUGUACUUCCGCGCCGAUAAGUGCACAUACCCAGGAAGCCUGCAAGCGGUUGACGUUCGGCUUUUGGUGCGUCCGGGCCGGGUACUGAAGCGUGAGGAGACCCCUCCGCCCCACCGAAGCCCACUUCCAUCCAGGCUGGAGGCCUUGCCGAUCAGGCCUGAUCUGCCGCACCACGCCGCCCCGGGCAGACGUGAAAGCAAUGCCUCCUGGGCGAGCUCGGAGCUUCCACUUCUUACGACACCUUCGCGGCCCUCCGGCCAUCCCAACGCCGAUCCCUCGGACAUGGUCCUGGCGCUUAAAUCCGAACGUAUCAGCACGGACCGGGGUUCCCUCACUGGAUCCCCCAACACCUGCAAUACGGACCUCACCUGUCUUCUCACACCAAAAAAUACAGACAUGAUUUGUUUUUUAAACGAGCCAUGUGAUGACAAGCUGUUCGUAGCUAACAUCAAUGCGCCGUAG